AAGGUGUAUCGAAUAUCUCUAAUUUCAGAUAUAGCGUCAGUGGUUACACAACCAACGAUGCGUAACUUGGUAUAAAUCCCCAAAUUUUUUGAUGUGAUUUUGUGAAACGAUUUUAUGGGAAGCCAAGAGGGAGCAUUUGACACUAGAUUACAUGAAGCUGUUCGGUAUGGUGACAUAGAGGAGGUCAAGGUCGCACUUCAGCAGAGUUAUGACCCCAAUCUCAUAGGGUUGUACCAAUGGAGUGCACUACAUGAAGCAUCUAGUAAUGGAGAAAGUGAAAUUGUAAAAUUACUGUUAUCAAAGAAAGGAGAUCCAAACAAGAAAGACUUGUUGGCAGGAAACACUUCAGUUCAUUAUGCAGCUCAGGAAAACCAUAUAGACUGCCUGCAAUUACUAAUUGAUGCUGGGGGUCGCUAUGACAUCAAGAACAACGAUGGAAAAUCCUGCCUCGAUUUGGCCACUGGCGAAUGCUUCCGUGUUCUGGAAUCACUCAAAAAUUAUAAAAGCAAUGAGAUUGAAGAGGUUAAGGAUCUUAUGGCAAUGUCAACAGAAGAAAUUAAGAAACAGCUAGAAGAAGCCAUCCAAGAGAAAACUUGUGAUCAGUCAACUGACCAUUCUAAUGAAGUGUCUCAGUCUGGAGAAGUGGGAUUAGCAGAAGACAUUAAGCCACCAAGCAUGGGUCACCUGCAUCUGACAUUUGAACACAAUUCCCACAAAGGAACUUUGAAAAUAAAAGUAUGGCAACUAAGCAACCUUUUGCUUCCUCCACCUCAAAUUUCUAACAUCCACUCCAUUUACAUAAAAAGUUUCCUUUUGCCUGAUGCAAAAAAAGAUUAUAAAAGAAAAACUGAGGAAGUAAAGGUGGAACGUUCUGAUGCACAUAGGAAAAUACCCAAUGAAAAAAGAGGUGUUCAGCACAUUUUUACUCCUUCAACUUUCAAAUUUUCUAAAAAGCUUGAAUAUGAUGGUAUUUCUGCAAGUGUUGUCAAGGAGAAGAGUGUACAAGUGGAAGUAUGCAUCACUCAGAAGUAUAGCAAGAGAUCUUUCCUUAUUGGUAUGUUACACAUGCCACUAAAAGAAGCUGUCAAAAAGAUAGUCAAAGAAAAGUAUCCUCUAAUUCCCUGUGUCAAUCACACUAUUCCUGCCAACAUGCGUGUAAAUUGUGCCUCAGAGCUUCAGAUCACAAAUUCUGCUAAAAUAUUUUAUAGCAAUCCAGAUUUUAGGAAUCUCUAUGAAACUGACAUGUCAGAAAUGUCUGAGAGAGCAUCAAGUGACCCUGACCUUAAAGGAGUUACCAUGGUAAAGAAUUCGAUCACACCUCGGAAUAUUGUUUUGAAUUUUGGGGGAGAACAAGAUGACAAACUAGAUGAAAAUGUUGAUAGCAGUGAGAGGUCAGUUAAAGUUGAAAUUCCAGGUAAACUUGUGGAGGAAGAAGAGCUGAAUGAAUCUGGAUACAGUAGCAUUACAAAUGUCAUAGAUAUGACUGACAUUACUGGUGACCCUGUGGAACCAAGCAGAGGAUCUGCAUUCUCAUCAGUUGUAAAACAUAUUAAAAUGAACAGAAAGGUUGGGAAACUAAAAGAAACUCCUUUGCUUAAGACUACCUCUGAAGUCUCUAUAGAUGUAGAGGAUUGGAAAUAUGAUGAGGUUAAAAAUAAAUCUGGGUCAAGACCAGAAACUCCUACAUGGGACUACUAUGAUUUGUCAAUGGAAACUGUUGAAAUUCCAGUAGAUGAAAAAGAGGAAAGUCCAACUAGAGGGGAUGCUCCUGCUUGUCUUCCAAUGGAGACUACACUAGGAUUGAUGCAAACAAAAGUUAAAAAAGUUAAGAAACCAAAGAAUUGCAAGGAGGAGAGAAAGAUAUUGUCAACUGAUUCUAGAAAUGUCCCCAUGAUAGUUGUCACAGACACAGAGAGUGAUGUAAUGUCAAAGUCAUCAAUCAGAACUAAAAAAAUAAGCAGUCAUGAAGUAGCUGGUACAACCUCAUCCAAACCUAAAAGACAUCACCUGAAGAAAUCAAGCCCAGAGACUGUUUCCAUCGAUAUGCAUUCACUUGAAAAAUCAAACAGAAAAACUAAAAACAACCAAUACCAAGUGACAGCUGAUAUUCAUGUUCUUAGUGCCAAAGCUUCCACUGGUGAGACCUCUAUUGAUUUUGGUGAUAAUGAUUCUGUGAUAAUUGAUAUAGAAAACUUAGAGACUGAAUUGAAAAAUGUCAACUUAACAGACUCUGUUGACAAUCCAGCUUCUACCUCAAAUCAUGUGGUUGUUAUGGCAACUGAAGAAUUGUCCACCAAUCUAACAGCCAUGAGGCCCAUUCCUCAACAGGUGUUUGUUGAAGAUAGUUUGUAUGAAAGCAGUGACGAAAUAAGUGAGAUGUCGGAAUUCACUUUACCAUUUGUUCCUUUGACAAGUCAGAACAAUCACAUGGUCAGUGAAGUUUAAUGAGGCAGGAUUUGAUAACAACACUGCAUUUAUAAUUGUAUGAUUCAUGAUAUUACAUCUGCAAUUUUCGAUAGAUGUUAUGAGAUUUGUUCCUCUCAUUUAUCUAACAUGUUUUUAGCAGUAUUUUGCUCAAAGGAAUAACAAUUAUUUUGGCAGAAUUGUUAAAGUUUCAUUUAUUGUAAACCAGGAACUUUUAAUGACACAAGGGUGCACAUCUAGCAAUUCAAGUUAUAGCAUUCUGCUACCAAUUAAACUACUGAAGUAAGUAAAAAUAAGCAUCCUACCUAAAAAAAAACCACCAGCCACCGGCACCGGUAUUUCAUAUGAUAUGCUAUUGACAAAUAUGAGACAAUUUCAAAACUAGAACAUUUUUGGCAACUGUCCCUGGGUUAUCGUGUAAAUGAACUCAAUGUGUUUAUAUAUAUAUAUAUAUAUAUAUAUAUAUAUAUUUAUAGUUAGAGUUCCUGUAAUGUUGAUAGCUAUUGUUCAGUUAAAAAGAAAUUGAAAUCUGUAUAAAUUGUAUAUCAGUAUCAUGAUUAUAGUCUUGUAUUUUUAAUAAUAUAUCUAUAAUAUUCCUUCCAAUAUAUCCUUUCAUCAUGUCUCAUACUCCAUAUAUUUAGAGGUUAAACAGAUGUUGAUUAUGUAUCCCUAUCAUUUACUUAUAGAAAGUAUACUGUUUUCUGCCUCGUGCAAUAUGAAUGACUUGAAAUUAUGAAAUUAUACUGUUGACUGGGAUUCUGGCAACAUAUUAUGUUGGACAUUCAGACAGAAAUUUGGUUUUUUUUUCUUCUUUGGCAAUUAAGUGCUCCACAAGAAGAACAUCAUUGUUUGGAAAUUUUAACUGCAGAUUUUUAUAUAAUGUUAUGUUUGGUUUCAAUAACUUUCGUGGGCAUUAGUUCUACAUAGAUGCAGAAGAAAUCAUAGUUUCUAGAAUUUGUAAAAUUAAAGGACAAUGAUUUUUUUAAAUACAUAAUGUUGUCAGGUUUUUUUUUAUUAUUCGAUUGUGGAUGAACUCUCCAAUAAAAUUAAUGAGACAUGUUGCUCAGCAAAAAUGAUGAAACCACAAUUUUUUUUAUUUUGUUUUGAUUUGAACAUAAUUAUUAAUUCACGUAUUUUUUUAUUGAAUUGGGGAUGACAGUUUUGGAACUUUGGACUUCUACUGUACUUCUUUUUCUAACUGUCCAGAAAAAAACCUGUGAUUAUAUGUUUCUAUCAUUGUCAUAUAUAUUUUUGAGGUUACAUGUUACAUGCAGUGUGCGAUGUCUCUCUCUCUCUCUCUCUCUCUCUCUCUCUCUCUGCCAUAUCUGUAUUGAUGUUGUGCAAUAUAUACAUAUCAUUUAUUUAUAUUUUUAUACAAUGAUAAUACCAUUUUUAAAAGCAUUAAAAUUAAAUCAAUUCUG